CUCUUCUCUUAGUUUCUGUUACCGCCUCAGGAUCGCGUGGUCACAGGAAGGGAAGGGAAAGGCGCCACAGUGCUGCUCCCCACAGAAGCUGUGAGGCCAAGCACGCUGCCCGGGGUCUGGCGUGAGCAUUGGGACAGAAACCUCAGUACGAGGGACACCCUCCUCGUUCGCCGCUCCCGCCUCUCUCGGGCCACGGAUGGCGGCGACCAUGCUGAGGCGCGCGGCUAAGGCUUUUGUGACCUUUGAGGAUGUCGCCGUGCACCUCUCCAAGAAAGAAUGGCUCCUCCUGGAUGAGUCUCAGAGACGCCUGUACCUCGAUGUGAUGUUGGAUAACUAUGGUCUUAUAUCAUCUCUGGGUUGCUGCUGUGGAACAGAGGAUGAGGAGACACCCAAUGAACAAAAUAUUACUGUAAGAGUCUCAAAGGCUAUGAAUCUUAAGACAGCACUGUCUUCCCAGAAGAGCCACCCCUGUGAGAGUUGUGGGUGUGUCUUGAGAAAUAUUUUCUUCUUGGUUAACCAGCAGGGAAACCAACGGGGCCCAACACAGCUGAGGUGUGGGGCAUGUGCAAAAUCAUUUUAUUUCAGUGCAUGGAGUCACCAGUACCAGGAGCAGGGCGCAACACAGAAUGGUUUCAUAAGAAGUGUAGACAGGGUCUCACUUGAAAAGAGCAGCAAUUUCUAUGUGCCCAGGGAUCCUCGUAGGUCUAGUCUGAUUGGAAAAUACUUGCUCAUCAGUUCCAGACAUCGUGAGCAACUGGCUGCUUGCUCCAUGUCUAGGGGAAACAAAAUCUCUAAGUCUGGAAUGACUUUUAACACUACAAAAUAUUACAUCCCAAGAAAAGGCAAGAAGACAAUUGGUUGUGAUGACAAACUGGUUGAGAACCACAGAUUCCUUACUGGAAGAAAGCGUUUUUUGUGUUGUGAAUGUGGGAAGUCUUUUAUCGGAAUUUCUGCCCUCCGUGUUCAUCAGAGACUUCACACUGGAGAAAGGGUUUAUAAAUGUGAAUGUGGGAAAUCUUUUACACAAAAUAUCAUCCUCCGUCGUCAUCAGAAAGUUCAUACUGGCGAAAGUCCUUAUGAGUGUGGUCAGUGUGGAAAAUCUUUUACCCAUAGUAGUUCCCUCCAUCUUCAUCACAGAGAUCACAUUAGAGACAGGCAUUAUGAGUGCAGUCAGUGUGGAAGAUCUUUUCCCAAUUGGUAUGGUUUUCAUUGUCAUCAGCGAGUUCACACUGGAGAAAAACCUUACGAAUGUAGUGAAUGUAAGAAGUGUUUUAGGCAGAGCUCCGCCCUUAUUCAGCACUACAGAGUUCAUUCUGGAGAAAAUCUGUUAUGGAAAACAUACAAUUAGCUCUGCCUUUUGUCAUUGAAGUGUUAGCACUGGAUAAAGGCUUUUUGAGUGCAUUGGAGCUCUGUAAUCUUUCACCAGUAAUUCUGCUGGUAUUAUCAGUUCACAAAGGAGAGAGGCUUUAUGAGUGCUCUGAAUGUAGGAUAUCCUGUAGCUAUAGCAGUCACCCAUAUUAAUAUUGAAUAGUUCACUCAAAAGAAAGGCCUUAUGAGUACAGUGACUGUGGGAAGUCUUUUUCUUGUAUCAGUAAUUUCCAUUAUUGUGAGUUUACACUGUAGAAAUGCCUGUUGAGUGCUUGUGAAUAUGGGGAAUCUUACAGUAGCCAUGAUUUCCAUUUCACCAGAAUUCACGAUGACUGAGUCUUUGUAAGUUAAGUAACUUUGGAAAACUUUUGUCACUUUGUUAUAUAUUUGAGAGUUCACAGGGGUGAAAGGUUUUAUAUAUACAUGCAGUAUGAUAAUUUUAUUUUCUUAUAACACCAAGCUCCUUUAUUCAGAGAGUCCACUCUGGGGAAGAGUUUUAUGAGUACAGUGAAUGUUGGAAAUGCUUUUUCUACCCUUUUUUUAACUUAUCAGAGAGGUCACACAGGAUAUAGGCCUUAGGGGCACAUCAAAUUUAAAUAUUUUAUCUCAGUCAUAAUCCCUUUAAUCACAGUUCAAACUGGUUAAAGGCUGCACAUGUAAAGUGAAGUUGGAAGAUCUGUAGCAAUAAGUUUAUACCCUUGGAACGUUGGAGUGUUCUCACUGUGUAAAUGGUUAUAUUUUGGGAAAUGUGUUUGUUUUCCAGUGCAGGAACACUGAAGAGAACUUUCUGAGGAACCUCAGAAUUUAAUUUUAUAUGUUCACAGUGUGGACAUGUCUCAGAUUGUAAUGGUUAAAUUUCUAAAGAACCUAACAAAAUAGAAACUAAACCAGCUGUGACUUUACACAUCCUUACUCCUAGUGUAUGGGGGUUGUUUCUCCCCAUCUAACAAAAUCUUGAGUGUUUUAUAUUUGUCAGUUGUAGCUCUUUUUAUAUGUUCAUCAUGCUCUCUCUGUUGUUUUAGUUGCAUUUCCCUGAGGAUUUAUAACGAGCAUUUUUGUAGGUGUGUGUGCACUACUGAUAUGUUUUUAGUAUAUUGCGUGUUCACAUAAUUUAC